GGCGGCGGGGCGCGCACUGGGAGGCGGCCGGGCAGCCAUGCAGCUCACCGGGGCAACGCUGCUGCUGCUGCUGUUGUGCGCCGGGGCGGCCGCCGCGGCGGGACCGGCUGCCGGGCGAGCCGGGACCGAGCGGCGUUCGGCGGUGGGGGCGGGCAGCAAGGAGCGGCGGGCGCAGUUCGCCUCUUGGGACGAGGUGAACGUGAUCGCCCACGGGCUGCUGCAGCUCGGCCACGGCCUCAAGGAGCACGUGGACCGCACCAAGGGGCAGAUGCGGGAGCUCGGCAGCCGCCUGAGCGCCCACAACAGCUCCAUGGGGCGGCUGCUGCGCCAGGCGCGGGAGGCGCAGGAGCGGGGCGAGCGGCUGCGGGCCAGCGUGCGGGAGCUGGAGGGCCGCGGCCGGCAGCUCCUCAACCUCUCCGAGGCUCUGCGGCAGCGCCUGGAGGAGGUGGCGGCCGACAAAGCCCAGAUCCAAGGGCGGCUGGAGCAGCUGGAGGGCCGCGUCCGGCAAGUGCUGCAAGCGCGGCCGGCCGAUAACCAGAGCGCCAAGGACCUGGGAGCGCUGCAGUCCCUGAUGGAUGCGCAGAACUUGCGAAUCGAGGAGCUCUUGCAGAAGAUCAAGCAGCAGCAGUACAAGCUGGACAAGCAGAAUCUGCAGAUUAAAAGCCUGCAGAGCAAGGUCAAUCUACUGAUCCCCUUACACCUGAAGGACAACAAAACACAGUCGCCGAAGUGGAAGAUAAACCUGAAGAAGAGCCUCAGCCUCACCAACCAGAGUCAGAACACUAGUGGGGAGCCUGUGCUGACACAGAAGCUUCCAGAGGAUUGCCACCAGCUCUUCCUGGCUGGGCAGCAAAGCAGCGGUGUUUUCCAGGUGCAGCCUGCAGGGUCUCAACCCUUCAAAGUCUACUGCGACAUGACCGCAGAAGGUGGCUGGACAGUGAUCCAGAGGCGCACAGACGGCUCUGUGGACUUUGACCAGCUUUGGGAUGCCUACAAGAAUGGCUUUGGAGACCUUCACGGUGACUUCUGGCUGGGCCUGGAGAAGAUACAUCACCUUGUCCAAGAGGGAAGAUACAAUCUCCUGAUUGAGCUGGAAGACUGGGAGGGAAAUUCCCAGGUGGUUCAGUUUGUCUUCAGCCUUGGUGGUGAGAGCACAGCCUACAUGCUCAACCUGCUGGGACCUCUGGCUGGAGAGCUGGAAAAUGCCAUCGGGGACUUCAGGCAGCUGCCUUUCUCCACUCGGGAUCGUGACCACGACCUCAAAGCUGACACAAACUGUGCCAAACACCUCUCAGGUGGCUGGUGGUUCAGCACCUGUGGCCAUGCCAACCUCAACGGGAAGUAUUUCCGCUCCAUCCCCCGCCAGCGGCACGAGCGCAAGCAGGGCAUCUUCUGGAAGACAUGGAAAGGCAGGUAUUACCCGUUGAAGUCAACCACCAUGAAAAUCCAACCUGCAGCACUGGAAGCAGAGCCCUAAAGCUGCCACUUGAGACUUGACCUUCUCUGCGGAGCACAGACCUGAGCUCCAUCACUUGGUGUUUACAGAAAACAAACCUACCCUCCCCAGGAAGUCCCCCGAGGAGCGUUUCUCUUGGUUAGCAGCCCUUUAGUGGCAUGACACAGCUCCUCACCAUAAGUAAAACAGCUCCAUGUUGCUGAAACCCCUGGAUGGGAGCUCCCAAACCAGAAGAGGAGCCACCAGCAGGGAGAUCCACCUGCAGAGCAUGCACAAGGGUCUUCCAACCUGCCACGUGCUGCUGCGGCAAGUUCAAGUUGUCUGGUGCUUUCUGUCCUGUCUGAACACUUCUGUGCUGGUUUUGAUGAGCUGGGGCUGGGUGGAAAGGGAGCAUGUGAAGUGUUUCACUACCCUGGACCCGAGCGUUGGGUACGGAGCCUUGCCGUGUCCUGUCUUUCACUGUUGUUCCCAAAUGAUGUCCUAUGUACCCUCCUGUGAAAGCCCCCAGAGUCUCCUUCCCUGGCUGGUGCCGAGGGGCAGUGAGCCUCAGGCUGCUCCAUCUGCACAGCCCCUGCUCCAGUGACUUCAACGCCCUGAGAAUACGCGUGGUGGUGGGAAGGCUGAAGGACACCCUGUGCAGAAGCGGGGGGACCUCAGGCUCACCUGGCUUCCCUGGCCCCCAGGGCUUCAAAGCCCUGUAUUUCUGGCUGUGCUGGAAUUUGCCAGGAUCUGGGGAAACUGCUUCCAGCUCCAGGAGAAAACGUGUGGGAUCCUGCAGCUGGUUACAUGAGGGCCAGAUCCUGGAAGGCUGAGUCUUAAGCUCUGCCUGGAGCCUACCGUUGUUGCUGGGGGUGGUUAGGACGAGCACUAGGAGGGCACAGGUACA